GUGCGCAGAAGGCGUCGGAGGCGCAUGCUCUGUGGAGGUUCCGGCUCGGCGGUCCGGCGUCCGCGCUAGCCUCGGUGGCCAGCGAAGUCCUGGCGGCGCCUCGGGCAUGGCGGCAAGCCUGUGGAUGGGCGACCUGGAACCCUACAUGGAUGAGAACUUCAUCUCCAGAGCCUUUGCCACCAUGGGGGAGACCGUGAUGAGCGUCAAAAUUAUCCGAAACCGCCUCACUGGGAUCCCAGCUGGCUACUGCUUUGUAGAAUUCGCAGAUUUGGCCACAGCUGAGAAGUGUUUGCAUAAAAUCAACGGGAAACCCCUUCCAGGAGCCACACCUGCAAAACGUUUUAAACUGAACUAUGCCACUUAUGGGAAACAGCCAGAUAACAGCCCCGAGUACUCCCUCUUUGUGGGGGACCUGACCCCAGAUGUGGAUGAUGGCAUGCUGUAUGAAUUCUUCGUCAAAGUCUACCCUUCCUGUCGGGGAGGCAAGGUGGUUUUGGACCAGACAGGAGUGUCUAAGGGCUAUGGUUUUGUGAAAUUCACAGAUGAGCUGGAACAGAAGCGAGCCCUGACAGAGUGCCAGGGAGCAGUUGGACUGGGGUCUAAACCAGUGCGUCUGAGUGUGGCGAUCCCUAAAGCGAGCCGUGUGAAGCCAGUGGAAUAUAGUCAAAUGUACAGUUACAGCUACAACCAGUAUUACCAGCAGUACCAGAACUACUAUGCCCAGUGGGGCUAUGACCAGAACACAGGCAGCUACAGCUACAGUUAUCCCCAGUAUGGGUAUACCCAGAGCACCAUGCAGACAUAUGAAGAAGUCGGAGAUGAUGCACUGGAAGACCCCAUGCCACAGCUGGAUGUGACCGAGGCCAACAAGGAGUUCAUGGAGCAGAGCGAGGAGCUGUACGACGCGCUGAUGGACUGCCACUGGCAGCCCCUGGACACAGUGUCUUCAGAGAUCCCCGCCGUGAUGUAGCCAGGACAAGACACAAGCCAGAGUGGACUUUGUGAGGGAGCUAAGAGACUCCUUUUUUAAAAAAAGAUUACUUCAAGAACUUUUACCUUUUUUGAAAUUUGUAAGAUUUUAGUAAUCAACUGUUUCCUGAAAUUAUGAAUACUUCCUGGGAUACUGCUGCCUUCAUUUGAGCCAUUUGAGUUUGAAAAUGAAGGGACCAGCUGUUAGGAGAGGGAUGAAUGAGGUUCCAUUUUAUCUUUGAAUAAUAAUCAUUUAUCCAGGUAGGGUUGUCUACACUCCUGGGGAUUAAGGAUUAACCACCAAAGUUAAGUUACUAAAACCAACUUCUUAGGUGACAGGCACAUUACUCCUUAAGGUUCUCUUGAGGUCAGAGUGCAUGGACUGCCUGCAGGAAUGGUGCCAAAUGGUGGGCAAUUAUCUGCUUUCAGGUAUUCCCUUCCCCCAACAAACUUGCUUCCAGUCUGGUGGCUAGGCAGAGUUCAUUAUUCAGACUGGGGAGGAAGUGGCCCAUUGAGAGACGUGUUGGGGCCAGCUUAAUCUAGACCAAAAGUCCUGGAUUGUUUUAGGUAAAGCCUGUACCAUCUGUGCCAAGCCCACCUGUUAGUAGAUAUUAAUCCAUUUAUAUAUAGGAACCGGUAAUUCAGAAAUAUAACCUGACCAUGAGGUCAACCAUCACCAAACCAUAUUUUGAUGCCAACCUUACACAUCUCUGUAUUUAUUUUCCAAAUAAAUUAGGAGAUCCCAUUUAACUUACCACAAGGACCCUCCUGAAAAGCCUUACCUAUAGCUUCGUGCUAGGAAACGGGGGGGCCCCCCCCCGCCGGCGGCGGAGUAUGCCGCCCCAGGACGUUAAGUACCAGUCCUGCGCUCAGCCUGAAUUCUCACUCAGCAAGAGUAAUACAAUUGCAAUUAUAGAACUGAUCGUUUUGUUGCUUUCUGAGAUCAACCUUUUCUUCAGGUAUUGAGACUAUAAUUCAUUCUGAGUCUUACAGAGUAUUUAAAUAGGGAAUAACCAACAAUCUGAGGGACAUCAAGAAAACUGACACAAACAUACAUCCAGGAAUCUUUUAUUGGUCACUUGUAUGCCAGGUACCAGCAUCAGAAAGAAAAAAAGGUGUUUCCACCUCAAAGAGCCCCUUGUCUCUUCAUUUGCCUCUUCCUGUAGUGUUUCUCUCCUGAAAAAGAAGUGUACACCAGUGUGUUAAUAAUGCCCCAAUUAAUCAAUGCCACCCAGGUUUUCCUAAGGGCUGGUCUCAGUCCCAUAUCCGCAUUUAUCAUCCAUAGAUGUCCACUCAGAUUAGGUUUCAUCCUGGACCAGUCACAGCCUGAAAAAAUACCUUGAGCUAGAAUAGAACCACUCUCCCAGGAGAGGGGUGGGUAAGACUCCAAGGUUACCAAAACCAAUAAGCAUGAGCUCAAGCCAUUACUGCAUUCACAGUAGUCAGCCCUCGCUGUAAAGACACAGGGCUGUCCCUUCUGCCACAUUCUACUCUGCAGGUGUGUUCUUGGCAUUUAGCAUAGGCAAAUCCAGCAGACCAAGUCACACUGUGAACAUUUAUUUUUUGUCCUACGGUUAUGAAGAGCCAACAAAUACAGCACACAAGGCCAGAUGUAAAUGAUAUAUAAAAAAACGACUUUUACACACAGACCUGAGUAGCCUUAUUAUCUACUGGCUACACUGCUUAGGGUGAUACCAGUGAAAUACUAAUGGAAGCUGCAAGGAAGUUGUGUGAAAGCUUCUGGCAGACAUUCAACUCACCCAACUCUGUAGAUCCACAAUCGCAGAAGGCGGCAGCUUUACUGGUAACAGAUCUUAGGAGGGAAAAAAAAGAACACUCGAUCAGGAGUCAAGAAAGCUAUGGAUAAACCCCUCCCAAAUACAGAAAUAUUAGUCAGCAAUCACUAUACCAGCUGCCCAGUUUCACAUACAGCCUCCCUUUAA